ACCGCGGCGGACUACGGUCCAACUGGGAGGUGGUACCAGUCCAUACCGUGCUCUGGCUUUAAGUAGUCGGAGGCGGUACCAUCAGUGGUUUAGUAGCCUUUGUGUGCUGGUCGGGAAACAUGCUGCGUGUGUCAGCAGCGGCGCGUCAGUCGUGGAGGGGGUUGAAAAGCUCUGCAUGUACUGCGCUGUCAGUGAAGAAUGAGCCCAUCCUUGCCUUCAAACGAGGAAGUGUGGAAAGGAAAGAACUGCUGCAGGCACUGGAGCAUGUGAAGACGAGCACCGAAGAGAUCCCCUGCGUGGUUGGAGACGAACACGUGUGGACCAGCGAUGUCAGAUACCAGCUAUGUCCGUUCAAUCACGCUCACAAGGUGGCCAAGUUUUGCUAUGCCGACAAGGAGCUGAUCAACAAAGCCAUCGUGGCGUCGCUGGCGGCGCGGAGAGAGUGGGAUCUGAAACCUGUCCAGGACCGAGCUCAGGUUCUCCUCAAGGCGGCCGAUGUCAUUAGUGGACCCAAACGAGCGGAAGUCCUUGCUAAGACCAUGGUUGGACAGGGCAAAACGGUGAUGCAAGCGGAGAUCGACGCGGCUGCUGAGCUGAUCGACUUCUUCCGAUUCAACGCCAAACACGCCGUGGAACUGGAAACCCAGCAGCCGCUGGAUGCUGAGGGAAGCGUCAACAGCGCCCUCUACCGUGGCCUGGAGGGCUUCAUCGCCGCAGUGGCGCCAUUCAACUUCACCGCGAUUGGCGGGAAUCUGGCGGGAACGCCGGCCGUUAUGGGAAACGUGGUCCUGUGGAAACCCAGCGAUGCCGCCAUGUCUGCCAGCUACGCCGUCUACAACAUCUUGAGGGAGUGCGGCCUUCCUCCCAACAUCGUCCAGUUCCUUCCGGCCGAUGGGCCCGUGUUUGGAGAUGCCGUCACGGUGUCUGAGCAUCUGGCGGGAAUCAACUUCACUGGCAGCGUUCCGACCUUCAAGCGGCUGUGGAAACAAGUGGCACAAAACCUGGACGUCUAUAGAAGCUUCCCUCGACUGGCGGGAGAGUGCGGCGGCAAGAACUUCCACUUUGUCCACAAGUCUGCGGACGUGCGUAGCGUGGUGAACGGGACCGUUCGCUCUGCAUUUGAGUACGGCGGGCAGAAGUGUUCUGCAUGUUCCAGGAUGUACGUCCCGCAGAGCCUCUGGCCGCGUGUCGAACAGCAGCUUGUGGACGUCCUCAAAGAAGUCAGAGUGGGAGACCCCGUAGAAGACUUCAGCACCUUCUUUUCUGCCGUCAUCGACCACAAGUCCUUCAGCCGCAUCAAGACCUGGUUGGACCGGGCCAAGACCUCCCCCAACUUAAAAAUCAUCGCCGGGGGCAACUGUGACGACUCCAAAGGCUACUUUGUGGAGCCCACUGUGAUCCAGACCAAAGACCCUCAGGACGCCAUCAUGGAGGAGGAGAUCUUUGGACCGCUCCUGUCAGUUUACGUCUACCCUGACGACGACUACAAGGACGUCUUACGGCUGAUUGACCACACGUCGCCAUAUGCGCUCACAGGCGCUGUCUUCGCUCUGGACAGGAGCGUCGUCGACGAGGCCUCCAAAGUCCUGAGGAACGCCGCCGGAAACUUUUACAUCAACGACAAGUCCACCGGCUCCAUUGUGGCCCAGCAGCCAUUUGGUGGGGCCAGGGCUUCAGGCACCAACGACAAACCUGGCGGUCCACACUACGUCCUCCGCUGGACGUCGCCGCAGGUCGUCAAGGAAACGCACGUUCCGCUCUCUGAGUGGAAGUAUCCAUACAUGGAAUGAUUGGCGGCUUGGCCCCGCCCCUUCGCCGUCCACUCUGCACUGAACUGUGAAUGUAAACAAGCGGCGUGCACGUCUUCCAAAGCACACGUCUGUGCACGUGGGCUUUUUAAGUGGAAAGUUUAAUCACUUCAGACAACUGUCAAAAUAAAAUAGUUGGAAUUAUAGAACAAUAUUAACAUGUAUCAAUACUGCUGAACUUUAAUUUUAUACAAUGAUUUUGUGAUCUGACACCUUUGUACAGUAGAAAAUAUUAAAUUAAUAUGAAAUGACAAAUAUGACCAGUUGGCUUGUGCGUAGAAGUUCAAACUUUUAUGUGAUGUUUGCCUUGGAAACAUUUACACAGCAGCUCGGGUUACCUGAGUGUGUGUAUAAACAGUAAUCAGAGCGUGGGGGCUGAUGAGAGGCCGACACAGGAAGUGUGUCAAGAAAAACGCACAAACAGUAAUUUGUAUUUGAUGUGCAAGAAGACUGAAAAAGUCACCAGG